AUCCAACUCUCUCUCUCUCUCUCUCUCUCUCUCAAAAACUCUGAUCAAAACCCAAAAGGUCUUUUGCUUUCAAUCAAUCAGCUCCCCCGUUUAAGGGAAUUUGAUGGAUGUUAAAGCAGCAAGAGGUCGCAGCUCCAACGUUCAAAGCAGCGAGGAUGAGACCAUGGACCUUAGGAGAGGUCCCUGGACUGUUGAUGAGGACUUCACGCUCAUCAAUUACAUUACCAAUCACGGCGAGGGUCGCUGGAACUCCCUUGCUCGAGCUGCCGGUCUGAAACGAACAGGAAAGAGCUGCAGAUUAAGGUGGCUCAACUAUCUUCGACCCGAUGUUCGACGUGGAAACAUCACCCUAGAAGAACAGCUCAUGAUUCUUGAGCUUCAUUCUCGUUGGGGAAACAGAUGGUCUAAAAUUGCACAAUACUUGCCGGGACGAACGGACAACGAGAUCAAGAACUAUUGGAGAACCCGGGUUCAAAAGCACGCCAAGCAGCUCAAAUGCGACGUGAACAGCAAACAAUUCAAGGAUGCCAUGCGUUACCUUUGGAUGCCGAGGUUGGUCGAGCGAAUUCAAGCCGCUGCGGCCGCUACCGCAACGACUGCUCCGGCCACCACCAUGAACGGAACAUCUUCAGCCGGCUCGACCACCUCAACCAUCACUACCAACACUCAUCAUCAUGAUCACAACCUUGACGUCCACAAGGGCCAAAUGGCUUUGCCACCUGACUUUGGGGUUGCAAAGACUACUCCAAGUUGCACCCCGGAGAAUUCUAGCACCGCCGCCUCGUCGGACUCUUACGGCACCGAUCAGAUAUCGCAGGUAUCGGAGUUCACGGACUACUACGUUAACAUCCCGGUCAAUAACAACCCUAGUCAGGAUUAUUUCCCGAUUGCUGGGUUCCAGGGCCAGAGCCUAACUAGCCCAGCUGGUAAUUAUUUCAAUACUGGAUUGGAUCUCCAAGCCAUGGAACAGAACAACCAGUGGUUGGAAGGUGGGGACACAUCGGACAAUUUAUGGAAUGUUGAGGACACGUGGUUUUUUCAGCAGCAGCUCCACAACACAGGCAUUUGAAAUGUGAAAAAUGGGGAACAGGGUGCGAUCUGCAAGCUAGCUAAUGAAAGUCCAGAAAUUAAUGGACAAAAAAAUGAAGAAUUUUAAUGAUUUUAAUGUAGGAUACAUAUAGAUUUUGUAUUUAAAUGUACAAAAUGUCGUGGAAUGAGCACAGCUGGAGUAGAUCGAAGAUCCUAGCUAGCUAUUUUGGUACUUAGAAAGAAU